CAUCUUUUAGACUCUUUUCAAUUUUUAAAACCAAACCGUGAACUAGGUUAUGACAGAAAAUGUUGUGAAGUAAUAAUAAAACCCGGAAAUGAGACGAGAGCAGGUGCAUGACAUGGACAGAUCGUCUCUCAGGUUGACAAAUACAACGUUUACAUCACAGUGUGUUGGUUAACACCAUGGAUUCUGCAGUGACGUAAAGUCAACGGUUCUACUUUAUGACUACAGCUUUAUGACAGAGUUAGGAGAGCCGUGUCGCAGAAUUUCCUUGUAUUUCCCCACAAUGGCCUCCUGCUCAUCUGUUGGAGACAAUCAGCUGCAGAGGGUCAUCAGAGACCUGCAGGAUGCUGUGUUGGAGCUGAGUAAAGAAUACAGAGAGUUUGGAGAACCCAUCACUGAUGACAGCACCAACCUGCACAAAUUUUUUUAUAAGCUGGAAUACCUGCUGCAGUUUGACCAGAAAGAGAAGACAACGUUGCUGGGCCAGAGGAAAGACUACUGGGAUUAUUUCUGUGACUGCCUGAACAAGAACAAAGGAGCUAAUGAUGGCAUUCGUUUUGUUAAGUCUAUCCCUGAGUUAAAGACAUCGCUGGGAAAAGGACGGGCCUUUAUUCGCUACUCACUCAUCCACCAACGUCUCGCCGACACGCUUCAGCAGUGUCUCAUGAAUCGCAAAACCACAAGUGACUGGUAUUACGCUCGCAGUCCAUUCCUGAAGUGUCAUCUCACCGCUGACAUAAUCAGUCAUCUUUAUGAGCUCAACCAGAUCCAAUUUGACGUGGCAGCCAGAGGUUACGACCUUGAUGCAGAAUGGCCAGCGUUUGCGAGGAGGACUCUUGGCUACGCCCCCUCGUGGAAGUCUCCGAGUCGCUGCUCCAGCAUCAACAGUUUGGUCGGCAGCUAUCCACAUUCACAGGUGCAGGAGUUUCUGCCAGUUUCAGACUUGAGCCAGAGCGUUCUUAAUGAUCUCGGAGAAAUAGUGGAACCUUCUCCUUGCGGCAUUUCAGAGAGUCUCCGUAUUGAGCUUGACCAAUCGGAGCUAAGACAGCAGGAGCUCCUGGUACAGAUUCAGGAUUUAAGUAAAGAAGCCGCUGAUCUAAAGUUUAUAGUUAAAGACCUUAAGGAACAGCUAGCAGCUCAGAAAUCACAACUUCAAGACAGAGUAAUAGCUGCUGAUAACAAAAAUACAGAGUUUUUCUCUGAGUUGGAGAAAGACCAACAAAUGGCAACCUGCUGUGACGCAGCUUUGAAGAUCCAGGAACUGCUAGAUAAACUGAAGACGUCAGAGGAGAAGAUGUUGGAAGCAAGGGCAGCAGCUGAAGACAGAACCAGAGAAUCUGAGUGUUUAUCAAAGGAUCUCAAACUUAGGGAUGAAGAGUUGAAAAACAGCAAGGAGAAGCUGGCGGAAGUGCAAGCUAGAGCCCACGAUGAACAGGAAGAGGCGAUGGGACGGUUGGAGGAGCUCCAAGGGGUCGUCAGUCGAAUUCAAGGAGCGUUGACGUCAAAAGAGAAAGAAACGGGGAACCUGAGAACCCAGCUUCUCGACCUACAAGCAUCACUGGAUUGCAGAGAACGACGGGCAGAGGAGCUGAAGAAAAGGCUGCAGGAGGAGAGAGAGGAGGAGGAACAGAGAUCCAGCUUCAGUAGCGGCCAGGAUGACAGACUUGAGAGCCUUAUCCUUGAUUUGAGAAAAAAGUUGAAAAACAGAGAGAAAGAGUUAGCUGUGGGCUCAGAGAGAAUAAAUCACUUAGAGGAACAGGUGGCAAAGUUAAAUAAAGAGAAUGAAAGUCUGAGCUCCAAACUCACUAAUAUUGGUGUUGAUUCUUCAGAUCAAACCAGGAAUGAUGACGACUUACGGACACAAUGUAACAAUCUUAUGGAAAUAAACUCCAAGCUGCUUCAAACUAUCCAGAAUCGUGAGGAUGGAAUGAGUGCAUUACCCAGUAGCACGGCAGCUUUAUUAGAUCAGCUAGCUUCUUUGAGAGCUUCAGAGAAUCACCUCAGAAGUAAAGUAGAGGCUGCAAACAUGUGCCUAGAAGCUCGAGAGGAAAGACUUCUGGAUAAAAACCUCCAUUUGGAGGAGACUGUCCAGAAGGCUUUUUUUGAGAAGGAGAAAUCAGAUGUUCAGUUGAAGAAGAUGGAGAAUGAGAGAAAAGACCUGCUGGAAGUUCUGCCGUUGCUACACAUGGAGUUAUCAAGAGCUCAACAGGAAUUAAACUCUCUUUCCGCCAAAGCUACAGUUUUGGAACAGGACCUUAUGGUCUCCAAAAGCGGCCGAGCAGAGUUACAUCAGAAUCUCCAGGAAACUAACGUCAAACUUACAGACCAGACUCUGAAGUGUGAACUCCUGCAUGAAAAGACAGCUGCAGAGAUUAAUGAAAAGUUGCAAAGACUUCCUGUUGAGCAACAGUGUUCCUCAGAGGAAAACAAAGAGAACCCGUACACACUGAUGAUAGCUGAAGCUCAAAUGGAAUUCAGCCGAGGGAUGAUGCAGCAGCUCCAGCAGGAGGUGGUGGAGCUAAGAGCUCAGCUUCUUACAGUAACUGAAGAGAGAGUGAAACUUCAUGCCCUGCAGGAGGUGACAGAGGCCUCAAAAGAGGACCUCCGUCUCCUAGUUGAGCAACUCAAGGCCCAAGUUGAAGAUCUCAACCGCCAGCACGUGGAUGAGAUUCUGCGUUCCAGAGAGCGAGAGGAGGCCCUCAUUCGUGAGCGCGAUGGUGAGGCCCAAGCUCGGGCUGGUCUGGCCUCAGAGGUCACAGCGUCCAGAGAGCAGCUGGAUAGGCUGAAGCUGCAAUAUGAAGCUUUGUGUCUGGAGAACAGUGAAACCAAGGAGGCGCUGCACAGAGCCAACACAGAAACAGCUGAACUGGGUGUUCAUGUUUGCACGCUGACGGCUGAGAACGAGGAGGCCAAUGUGCGCUGGGAGGAUCUGUCAACAAGUAUGCAUGAGCUGGAGGAGAAGGCCUCCCAGGAAGCCGACAGGCUGAAUGACUGCAUUGAGGAGUUGAAGAAGGAGAACCAGGAUCUCCUCCAUCAGCUCCACAACGAGGAGGGGCUGUUGGCAGUCAAGCAGGAGCUGCAGAAGCUGAAAGAAGCCCAGCAGGAGGCGGAAAUGGAGCAGAGGACAAACCAGGAGGAGAUCCAGACACUUCACCUUCAGUGCCAAAGCAAAGAUAUUGCCCACAGCAGCCAGCUUCAGGCUCUGAACCAGGAGUUACAGGAAGUCAGAUCACAGCUGAUGACUGAGCAGGAGAAGGUCGUCGAUCUGGAGAACAAACUCAGAGAGCUGAAGGCCGAAUACCAGAGAUACUGCCAACAGAUUGAGGAGAAAAACAGCCAGAUGGCGGAGUAUGAAAAUCUCAUCCAGCAGAAAGAAGGCGAGAUGAUCCAUCUGAAAGAGAACUUAUCAAGAUCUGAGGAGGCUCUGAAGGCGGCGCAGCAGACCUGCCGGGAGAUGAGUGAAAAUGUACGAAGAGUCACGCUGGAAAAACAGAGCUUUGACCUGAAGACUGCAGCCGAACUGGACGAUCUCUACCGCACCAAAAUUAAUUUGGAGGAAAGGCUGGUGGAACUUAUCAGGGAGAAGGACGCACUUUGGCAGAAGACAGAUGCCUUGGAAUUUGAGCAGAAACUCCGCGAGGAGGAGACAGAGAGGGACGUGAACUACUGUCUGGGCUGCCGCAGUCAGUUCAGCUGGUGGCUGCGCAAGUACAACUGCAGACUGUGUGGGCGUCCCUUCUGCUACUACUGCUGCAGCAACACAGUGAGCACCCGACAGGGCGGCAACAGAGAGCGCUGCUGCAGGGACUGUUACGGCCAGCACAGUGCAGUAGUGGAGCGCCACCCAGAGGAGGAAGUGACUCACAGCACACCGGGGACACCUUUCAGCCGCUUGUUACAGGCAGGAAGAGCCAUGACUAGUGUCCAAGGAACAGACGAGGUUGAGAAACCGGAUGAUGGCGUUUUUGACAUCAUCACAGACGAGGAAGUCAGCGUCGUCAGCGACUCUCUGUCUUUUGUCACCGCCUGCUCUGCCGAGCAAGGACAGCAGGGGGCGGCACAACUAAACAGCAGUGCCAGUAUGGGGGACGUUACCUCAGAGGACCCCGAGGACUUUGGCGCGGCUGUACAGGAUGCGGAGGUUUGCUUACUAAAGUCUGGAGAACUGACUCUCUCCGUCCCCUUUACGAUCAGUGACAUCUGUGAGUUUGGGGACAGCUCCCAAGAACUUUUCAUAAAGUCCAGCUGUUACAGCACCCUCUGCCUCACCAUGAUCAGCCCUGGUCCCACUGUUUCCUGGACUUUCACCUCUGAACCAAAGAGCAUUGCCUUCAGUGUGGUCUACAGGGAAAACUCAGAGACACCACUGGAACAGGCCAAGGUUUUGAUCCCACUGACACGCUGUGAUUCCCACAAAGAGACGAUCCAAGGGGAACUGAAAGUCAGGAAUGCUGGAGAGUACACACUCAUAUUUGACAACUCCUUCUCCAGGUUCAUCUCAAAGAAAGUGCAGUAUCAUCUGAGCUUGGCUGAAGCUGUGGUUUACGAUGGGACUGAGUGAGUGAGUGAGUCUCCUUUCACAGUGACAGGACGAGCCGAUCAGAACACAGGUGCAGCUCAUCGACAAACAUUAAUUUUAGGUUCAAAAGAAGGAUUUCCUCAGGAGACACUGUAGCAUUAUAUUAAAACUAUACAAUAUUUUAACAAUGUGAAAAAGUACCAAUUAGACAAUACUUGGUUUGUACAUCUAACAUCUACCCACUACUUUAAAACAGUAAAACUGCACUUUACAGAAUAUUAUUUUAAAGUUAUGUUUAGCAUAAAAUCUUUCUCAUUUCUAUCACAUUUCUUGAUCACAUUUUUAUGAUUUGCGAUAAUCUGCCUAUAAUUAGGAUCAUUUUGAUUUUGAGUGGAUCGAUAAUCCUACCAUUCCCAGCAGGCAACACUGUCUGCUCCCUGCAGUGGUCAGCACUUUGGUCAAAUGUUGACUCUCACUCCUAAAACCUGACAACAGUUGAACCAAUUAAAUCCUAAUUUUCUGGAACAUGGUAAAAAAAUUAAAGUUAUUUACUGUUAAGUUUAAAAAAAAAACUUAUUUCUAAAAACAAAUACCAGUGAAGUAAAUAAAGUCUAGAGUUCCUGAUGGCAUCAGACGUUGGUGAAUGUGAACACUACACAUAUCAUAGCUAAAAGUUUACGUUCUUCUCU